UUGCUCUCGGAUACGUUGACUUUGAACUUUCCUCUGUGAGCUGUAAUUAAUAGAUGAAUGAAGACAGACUGGUCAGAGCAGACGCUGACAGCUCAAAUACUUCCUCAUGGGCAGUUUGUUAUGAAGCUAGUCAGCUAACAAAGAGUUAGCCCUUUCGUCAGAGCGAUAGGUGAUUUAACUGUCUGCGCUUCAGACGUCAAUGACACCGUGCUAAGAGGAGCUGCUGCUGGUAAUAUCAGUUAAUAAACCAGAAAUGUGGACGAGCACAUUGGCACGUUUCGCCCGGCCUGCCCUGCAGAGGAGCACCGCUGCCGUGACCUGCCAGGUUCUGAAAGCGUGUUGCAGAUCGGGGCCGGCUGCAGGUCGUCUGCCCCCGAGUUUGACAUCAGUGCAGCUUCGAGGGCAACAGUCUCUGGUGUCAGCCUCCCAUCCUGCAUCUCGCCAGUUAGUGAGACAUGCCCGGGCUCUGGAUCAGGAGAGGCUGGUUGAGGUGGAGUGGGAGGAUGGAGGUCACAGUUCAUACCCAUUCACCUGGCUAAGGGACAACUGCCAAUGUCCGCUGUGUACUCUGCAGUCAGCUCAGGCCCGGGUGCUCCUGAUGUGUGAUCUUGAUAUUCACGCAGGGGUUGACACUGUGGAGGUUACCAAGGACAACAAGGUGUCUAUAGUGUGGCCAGACCAGCACACCAGUGUGUUUGACCCAGAGUGGCUGAAGAAACGAUGUUUCUCUUCUGCUGCCAGACAGUCACUGCAAGAAGAGCUUUUUCUCAAUGAGCGUUAUUAUUGGGAUUCCACGCUGUGUAUUCCCACCGCUGACUUCCAGCAAGUCCUCCAGGAUGAUAACGCAGCACUAGCCUGGCUCUUGGCCAUGCGCCGCUUUGGCGUCGUCUGCCUGAAGGGGGCUCCAGCGGAGCAAGGCCAAGUGGCCAGACUCUGUGAGAGGAUUGGCUUUCUCAGGCUAACGUUCUAUGGGCAUACAUGGCAGGUCCAGGACAAAUACAUGGCAAACAAUUUAGCCUACACUUCAAAAAAGCUUAGUGUCCACACGGACUACCCUGCGUUAAACUUCCCACCAGGAGUGCAGUUCAUACAAUGCCUCUGCCCUGCUGUGGAAGGAGGGGAGAGUCAGUUGGUGGACGGUUUCCACGUAACGCAGCAGCUGCAGAGAGAAGACCCCGAGGCCUUUCAGAUACUCACCUCGCUCCUCGUGAACUUCCAGGACGUAGGACGCGACUACUGCGACUUCCACCUGCUUUCUAAACACUGCAUUAUUGACGUGGAUCGUGACGGCCGAGUUCACAGGAUCAACUUCAACAACGCCACCAGAGAUUCAGUGCUGGACCUCCCGCUGCAUCAGGUCCAGCCCUUCUACAGAGCCAUCAAGGCCUUCACAGACCUCAUGGACCGACCGGAGAAUGUGGUCUCCUGCAGACUGGAGUCAGGUGACAUCAUGACCUUUGAUAACUGGCGUCUGCUGCAUGGGCGAAAGAGCUACAUUUCCAGCCCGGACAGUUCACGACACCUGGAGGGCGCUUACCUGGACUGGGAUGUGGUCAUGUCACGCCUCCACGUUCUCCGUAACUCUGUCCACAAGGACAGUUGAGUUUCAGAAGCUACAUUUAAAAAACAAAAGAAGAAGGAAACAUUUAAGGGGAAUUUAGUCACAGAGUCUGGAGUUGCUAAGAUGAAAGGACAAAGUGCAAAGACGCUGAAAUGUUCAGGUCAUCACGUUUGUUAACUAAAGCUGUUUUAUUAGAGUUUCAAUGCGUACGUUUAGGUCCAGCGUGUCAGAAGUAAGGACAUCUAAUGAGGUGAGGCUGCUAAAUGCUCCCUUUCCCAAGCACAUCAUGGUACGACGGUGGCCUUCGCAUUCCACGGAUGUCAUUGCUCUUUCACAACUCUCCACUCUCCCACUCGGUGUCAUUUCCUCCUCCCUAUAACUGGGUUUAUGAUGGUGCCGCUGCUCCUCGUUCGCGUUGUUAAAAUGUCAAAAUGUGAAAACAAACCUUCCGUUCAGGCUCUUGUAGAAACGCGGCAGCAAGAAACUCUUGCCUCAAAUUCUGAUUUUAAGGCUUGGCGUCAACUGUUCUUUUUUUAAAGCUAUUACACACUUAUACAAACUUAAAGGUCUUAUGAGUAGAUUCAAUUUCUGCCAGUAAACCCACCGAAAUGUUACACGUUGAAAUGGUGCAACGCCACACUGCAAAGAUUAACGGGCAUUAGUCAGUGAUGUUUUCUUUUAUCUGACACACAAGUCUUAUAAGUCAAGUCGUCAUUCCUGGCUUUGCUGUUCAAAAUGUAUUGCCAUAUUUAUCAAAACAGGUUUUUACUAUGUUCUAUGGGAGAUAUGGUUUCUUUUUCCUCUUUAACAUUGUAAGGAUAACAUUUGAUUUCUGAAUAUUAUUCACCGUCAGCCAUUUUUCAAAUAUUUUAACACAUUGUUCUGUUAAAAUGUUAAACAUUUAAAAUAUUACAGCAGUGUGUACCUACAGAGAUUCCUUAGAUGGUCCCCAAACCAAUUUGGUGAAUUUUUACAACCUUUUUAGUGAAGAUUUAUGUUUAUGUUUUUAAAUGACAUCUCUUGGAAAGGUUUCAUUUACCAGUACAAAAUUGUAUCGGGUGUUACAGCAUAUUAUGGCCGUUAAUUAGUCACUACAUUAUGCACAAAAACUGAGAAGUAACUUCAGACACAGUUUCACUGUAAUUUAGAUUUAAUGUCGUUUACGCGGCACAGUAGCUGCACACGAUGUGACAUGGAGUAUCUGCAAAUGUAGUCUUCAAUUUAGCAAUUUAGUGUAACUAAGUGUAACUAAAUUGCAGUCCCUCCAUACAUUUGAGCAGCAUGUGUCCUUUGAAUAAUUGUCAAAGUUGUUUGGUACAUUUCUUCUUUUGGUGGUGGAGACCGGAGUCGUGUGAGCUCACUACAUGUUGGAUCACCUGCGAAUAAAUCUUUAAGCUUGA